AAAAAAAGCCGAGUUAAAGCGUAGUGUUAAGAAAGGUGACGCACUAGAGCGACAUGAGGAAAAAGCUCUCGAUUAUGAUCAAUCUCCUCUGUUUGGGGAGUCUGCUGACCACUCUUAUCUGGUACACGUUGGAGGACAGUUUUGUCGAGCUUCACCGACCAAUUCCUCAAAGAAGUGCCCCAAAGCCCUCUGAACUUUGUAAAGGCUGCAAGGAAGUCAUUGAUAAAGUGAAAAAGCUCUACAAUCAAACGUGGAAAAAGCAUGAGGAGAAUUACCACAGAUUCAGCUUACAGCUGAGCAUCAAUUGCAAUGGAUCCAACAAUGGCAUUGUCACUCAGGAAAACACUCCAGUGGGAUCUAAGAUUGUUUGUGACAAGGACAGGAGUGUCAUCUCUGUGACCCCGGAGCUUUUCAAAAUCUUUAUAAAAGAGAAUCCUUUCUCAAAAAAGAGAUGGGACACUUGUUCAAUUGUUGGGAGCGGUGGGAUUCUGACAGACAGCGGCUGUGGAAAAAUGAUUGAUUCAGCUGAUUUUGUUAUUAGGUGCAACCUUCCUCCUGUGGAAAACGAAUUUCACAAUGAUGUCGGCAUGAAGACUAACCUUGUGACAGCAAACCCAAGCAUCUUCAUGAAUAAGUAUGGGUCACUGAUGGGACGUCGCCGGGCGUUUGCAGACAGUCUCCACCAGUAUGGCAACUCCCUGCUUCUCUUUCCUUGCUUCUCCUAUGGUGGUACUCGUCCGGUGUGUCAGCGGGCUGUGUAUGCCAUUGAGGACAUGGAUAUCUCUAUCCAACCAAUCUUCUUAAAUCCUAGGUAUCUUGAAAGACUGGUCAAAUUCUGGGAAUCUCUGGGGUUAAAGGAACAUCGACCUAGCACUGGGUUAUAUAUGACUAGUCUGGCACUGGAAGUUUGUGAAACGGUGCAUCUGUACGGAUUCUGGCCAUUUAGUAAUCACCCAGAUAGACUCUUUCCCCUGACUAACCAUUACUAUGAUAAUGUACCCUAUGAUAGGAAAGUCCAUGCAAUGCCAAAUGAGUUUUCCCACUGGGUGGAGCUGCAUAAUAAGGGUGUGCUCAAGCUUCACCUUGGGGACUGUAAAUCAGAUCAGGUCUAGUUUGAAUGUUGGAAUAAUAAAAAAGAAUAUGUUCAAGUAUCCAACUGAGAGGCCAAGACAUUUGCACUCAAAUCCAAAUGUAUUAGAGAGAUGUACGCUACAUAUUAUUUCAACAGUCUUUCUUUUAAUUAUUGUUCCAUUUCAUGUGUUAGAAAUAAGGUUUUUUUGCUAAAGUUUAUUUUUAACAUCAUCUGCAAUGCAUGGUCAUGAUAAAGUUGAUACACUCCUCGUUAGAAGGAGGGUAUAAUAGGCUACAAGAAAAUAGAGACUUUAAAUAGAAAUUGAGAAAUCACCAUUUACUUUUAAGCCACUUUACGUCUGUUACAACCUUUAUAUUAAUAUGCUAGUGGUCACUUUUGGUACUGCAACAAAGACAAUUGUCUGCAGCACUGACUGUUGACACUUUCAAACAUAAACACUUUCAAGCAUUUGUAAAAGGUUAAAAAUGUGUGUUUGAGCCAGAAAUAUGAGUUAAACUAAUAGUUAAAAAGUUAAGGGAUAAGAAGCAGGAGGUCGCAGCAGAUGGCCCCGCCCCUCCCUGAGCCUGGUUCUGCUGGAGGUUUCUUCCUGUUAAAAGGGAGUUUUUCCUUCCCACUGUCGCCAAAGUGCUUGCUCAUAGGGGGUCAUAUGAUGGUUGGGUUUUUCACCAUAUGUAUUAUUAUAGGAUAUACUGUACAAUAUAAAGCGCCUUGAGGCGACUGUUGUUGUUAUUUGGCGCUAUAUAAAUAAAAUUGAAUUGAAUUGAAUUGAAUAGAAGAGCAUUCAUAACUUAUUGGGAUUUAAGUUCAGUUCAUGUCUUCAAACAAGGUAAAAAAGGGACACCGAAGUUAUAUUGUUUGUGCUUAUUAUGUCUUUAAUUGCUGAAUCAGUGUUAUCCACUACACUUUACAUGUUCUAUUGCAUUACUUAAAGAUACCACUAGAUGGCGCAUAAUGCUCAGGAGGAGCAUAAACCCCCUUUGAGGCAAAUCUGCAGAAUAAAUCCUGCAGUUGAAACUGUAAACAAGCUCAUGAUUUGUGCCUCUUUAUUUUAAUACACAGCUGCAGGAUCUAG